CCUGUCGAGGAUUAGGACAAAAUAAUCUGAACACCAACUCACCUGAAAGAUGAGAAACUCUUUGACAUCUUAUUUGAUUUUAGCUUUGGGAUUAAUACACCCAAUCAGUAUGUCGUUUUCUGCCCCUCCUGAGGACUUAGAGGGAUCAGGAUAUGAAUUGGACAGUUCUGGCUUUGGUUCAGGGGAUUGGUCAGAAGAAGGUGAAAUGGAGGGUCAACCCAACAGCAAAGGAACCAAGAAUACGUCCCAAGGUCCUUCGGUUCUGAACUUUGAAAAUACAUUCACAGGCGGGGCAUCAGGAUUUGUCGUUUUGGCAAACAGCAAGAGUUUCUUGGAGAACAAAGAAAUCUUUGCCGCUGUUAUUACAGGAGGAGUAAUAGGAGUGGUGCUGGCAGCUGUAUUGGCAGCUUUAUUAAUCUACACAUGGCAGAAGAAAGAUAACGGAGGAUACAUUCUGGGUCAACAGAGGGCUUCAGAUGAAGAUUAUCACAGACCCAACAGGGAGGUAGUUUUUGUUUAACUUAAAACUUUAAAAAUAAUGUUUCUGUUCUAAGGCCAAUGUCUGUAA